CCUCACGCCGGACGCCUUGUUCAAGAACCAAGAAAGCAUUCUCUUGCUCAGCCCAAGCACGUCCCCGUGUACUUGACCUGCGAAAUUAACUUGUUCGAGCUUCGAGAAGCAGCCUGCCAAGCGGUCGACCCCAACAAGCCCCCUCCAUCUCCAUCCAUCUUACGGGAACUUUACAACACCCACCGCUCCUAAAUCACAUCACCUCAGCUCCCCGCGAGCCGUUUGCCUCGACCCGGCCCCUCGUCUGUACUCAACCUGUAUUUUUAUAGCAUCAGUAGACAACCGACUUUUUUCUGACCGGCGCGGACGCCAAACCGUUGCCCAACAUGACUACCCACGUCGUUUCCCUAUUCCUUCCGUACACGGUCGACUUUCACGAGUCAAAGUCCAACCAGACCAGUCCACAGCGCCCCGCUCCCCCCAAGCUCGCUGAUCUCGACCGAAAACCCUCCGUCAGUAGCAGUAUACGCAGCAAGCAUGACGAGCAGCCGGUCAGCCUUCUCAAGCGGGCGCCGCCUUCGCACAUUCAAUUACCCAAGACGCCCAUGAGGAUGUUGGAACUUGAGGAUAUUUUCACACCCGGGCAGCCCAGCGCCGCCACACACUUUCCCAAACCAGCAGACCCUCGAGGCUUGGUCCGUAGCGAUGCCCAUGUUCCGGACUGGGGUGCCAGCGGGCUCUUUUUCAACCAGCCACAAUCGAGGGCCGAACCCACCCCACCCGACACAAUACUCGAGUAUGCGAAAGCACAAGAGCGGGCGCAAGCUCAGAAGGAGCGGAUGAAGGCCCCUCAGACAGGAAAACCAACGACAGAUCCCCGAUGGGCGACAGAGUACACCGUCGUCCCUGCCGUUCAGGGCAACGGUGGGCUCUCCAACGCUGUCCGUGCGGCAAUCGAUAACAAGAGCAUUAAGGAUGUCCUAACCGUCGGUUUGAUUGGCUUUCCCACAGACAGCUUAAACGAAGAGAAGAAAAACGAGAUAUAUGAGAAGCUCGAGGAGGAGCAUGAAGCCCUCACUGUCUUCGUCAGCGACAAGGACUUUGACGGCCACUAUGCGCACUACUGCAAGACCAUUCUAUGGCCCGUGUUCCACUACAUCAUUCCUGACCACCCCAAGAGCAAGGCUUUCCUGGAUCAUUCUUGGGUGUUCUAUGUCAAGGUCAACCAGGCGUUUGCGGACAAGGUCGUCAAGGGCUACAAGCGCGGCGAUAUAAUCUGGAUUCACGACUAUCACCUAUGUCUAGUCCCUCAGAUGAUCCGCCAGAAACUCCCAGAUGCCCAAAUUGGCUUUUUCCUCCACACGGCUUUCCCCUCAUCUGAGGUAUUUCGUUGCCUGGCAGCUCGCAAAGAGCUAUUGGACGGCAUGCUCGGAUCGAAUCUUGUUGCUUUCCAGACCCCAGAGUACGCGCACCACUUCCUACAGACCUGCAGUCGCAUUCUUUCAGUAGAGGCCACCGAAGACGGGGUACAACUCGAGAACCGUUUCGUCAAUGUUUGGUCAUCUCCUAUUGGUAUCGACCCUCGAGCACUUGCUCUUGCGCGAGAAGAACCCGAAGUUCUCGAGUGGAUCCAGACCAUGCAGAAGCGAUAUGAGGGUAAGAAGGUCAUUGUCGCUCGUGACAAGCUCGAUAGUAUCCGCGGUGUACGACAGAAACUUCUGGCCUUCGAGCUAUUCCUUAACAAGAACCCACAGUGGAAAGACAAGGUCGUCUUGAUCCAGGUUGCCACAUCAACGACUGAAGACACAGAGCUGGCUGCGACCGUCUCCGAGAUUGUCACACGUAUCGACGCGGUUCACUCGACCUUGACGCAUAAUCCACUCGUCUUCCUAAGACAGGACAUUGCGUUUUCACAAUACCUUGCCCUACUCUCCAUUGCCGACGCCCUUGCGAUUACGAGCCUCCGCGAGGGCAUGAAUCUCACUUGCCACGAGUUUGUUAUCUGCCAAGAUGGUAGAGCGAGCACCAAGAAGCAUAGCCCUGUCAUCCUGAGCGAGUUCACCGGCAGCGCUUCUAUCUUCGAGGGUGCUGACCUAGCUGUAAACCCGUGGGAUUAUAACAACAUCGCCGAAGCUUUCAGGAUCGCGUUGGAAAUGACUGAUGAAGAGAAGGAGCGACGAUACGCAAAGCUGCGCAAUAUGGUGAUGCAUCAUACUGGUGACUUCUGGGUGAGCAACCUGAGCAACCAUCUUGCCAAGGUACAUGAAGAACAGUUCAAGCGCGACACCAUGUCAAUACCCAGACUUUCUUCUAAUAACCUAGCUCGCGCCUACGAAAAUUCUGGGAAGCGUCUGUUCAUCCUCGAUUACGAAGGCACCCUUGCAGCAUUUGGAUCGGUUAGCAAUACGAUCCUUACCAAUACCGAGCGCGUGGUUGAUGUCCUCAACGAUCUUGUUGCUGACGAGAAGAAUGCCGUGUAUGUUAUGAGCGGUCUUACUGUCCAAGGCACAGAGCUAGUCUUCGACCGCAUACGUGGUCUUGGUCUUAUCGCUGAAAAUGGAUGCUUCUACCGUGAAGGUUACUCGGACGAUUGGACCCAAUUUCCAGAUGAAGAGAAGACGGUCAAGUGGAAGGAGUCCGUCAAGCCAAUCCUUCAGUACUACGUCGAGCGCGUGGAGGGUAGCUGGGUCGAAGAGCGCCAUUGCUCCCUGAUAUUCCACUACGAGAGGACCCACGACAACGAGUCAUCGAGCCGCCACGCCGGCGACUGCGCCAACCACAUUAAUGAUGCUUGUGAGCAGCAGCGCGUGAAAGCUAUCCCUUCCAAAGACUCGGUCAUUAUCGAACCAGUCGACUUUGACAAGGGCACCGCGGCACAACACAUCUUUAGCAGAUAUCCUGAGUCGGCUCGUCCGGAUUUCCUUUUCGUUGCCGGUAACGAUCGUAGUGACGAGGGCGUAUUUCGUUGGGCUAAACAAUUGAAGGAUAAGGGCACCGUGACGAACGUUCAGACAGUUACUGUUGGUGAUCGUAACUCUGUUGCGCUGUCUACUCUUACCAACGGCACAACUGGUCUCCUAAGCGCCCUCGCCAAACUUGCCAAGAUCCACACUUCUUCAUAGUGCUAGUGAGGCACCUUCUUCAAAGUCUCUAAAGACGAGCAAUUAGCUGAAGUCGACGAGGUUCUUCCACGAACCAUAACACCAACCCACGAUCUCAUGAUACGACCGUGUAUGGAUGCUGAUGUAGCGUGCUCUAAUAAGUGAAAAACGGACCAUAGACACCUGGAUGAUUGAGUGUCAAAGCGUGCAUGGGUGGAGUUUGGCCGUUUUUCUCUCUCGUACCUAGGUCCCUUAUAUCAACACAAUUUCAACAUUUGAAUCUGCUGU